AUGGAACUGAUGACCGCCAGCUUCUCUGGUGAACGCGUCGACAUAGACAACCUCGGUUUCCUGCCGAUAUCGGUACGUGGUUGGGAAUGCAUCCUCCUGAUAUACUACUUUACAAAAUGCGUUGAGGCUGUCCCCCUCCAACGCCAGGACGCGGCAUCGGUCGCGAACGCCAUUAGUGGCAAUUGGGUCAACCGUUUGGUCAAGCUUCCAUUCCGACUGCGGCUUAAAAAUCGAGUCCCAGUUUCUCCAUGGCGUAUGUGA